AUGUGCGCCCUACCAGACAUCCCGAUAGACAAGAGAGCCAGCAACCAGGCCUCCCUCAAACCUCCGCAGCUCACCGCACUGCGCUGCGGUCAAGGUUCAGGUCAGCCGGCGCCGAGCACGGAUCCAAUGACCCGCUGGGUCAGUGAGCCCCCUCGGACGGAGCCAUGGCACGGCCUGGACAAGUCGACGUACUCGGGUCAAAAAACCUUGUCAUACUCGGAAAAUAGGCCUGCCACAUUGAGUGACACCGGGGCAACGGUGGGAUGA